ACAAGGCGCAUUAACCUACAAAGUAAAGCUUUUCUGCUCGCAGCGGCAUAUUUGGAAAGACUGGGAAUCACAGACCAAUUGACGUUCGUGUUUCACGUUAUAUUGACGUCAAUUUUAUUUUAGUUCGUAUCGAAAACUAUGCAGUUUCGCUGGGACCAUGUACCGAUUCCUGUGUGGGAGGUUGGUGCUCGCACUGAUAGGUGUUGUCGGUCUUCUGCAGCUCAUUCACAUUAUUCUUUUGAACCGAUUAGAGACUCGACAGCGUAAGAAUGUACCUGAGCCACAACCAGUCAUUGGACAGGUGUUUGGUCAAAGUGGAGGAGAAGAUCCUAUACUUGAAGAACUGUCUUCAUUUGUGUCGUAUAUUGAACGGAACUGGGUCUUGGAUACCAGCGGUGAAUACCACAUAAGUUUAUUGCAGUCGAACUUAAGAGACUUUGCAGGACAUGCCCAAGAUAUUACCCUUGUGACACAAUGCUCCCAAGACCAUUUAUCAGAUUUAAUACCUCUUGCUCACCAAUGGAAGGGUCCAAUAUCUGUGGCUGUGUUUGCGAGAUCAGGCCAUGAGUGGACCACACUUCUUGAACUGGCAAAGCUGGCUCUUACAAAUGAGGAACUUCAGACAUUUGCAAUAUUUUCUUUUGUUUGGCCAGUAAGCGCAGCAGGUGGUCUCCCACCCAGGCCAAAUGUUAUACCGCAGUACAAUGUGACGGAGAGUAAUUACAAUCAUAUCGAUCCUUAUCCAAACAAUCUGUUGCGCAACACAGCUAGGAGAGCAGCUUUAACAGACUUUGUAUUUGUAAUUGAUGUUGACAUGGUGCCUAGUCAGGGUUUACGAGAGGAUUUUCUCCACCUUGCAAUUCGCAACAGUUGGUUUCAAAAGAAUCUCACACUUGAUAAGACUGUCUUUGUCAUUCCUGCAUUUGAAGGUAUUAUUAAUCCAAAGACAAAGUUUGAUCUGAUCCAAGCUGUUCAAGCUGGGAAAGUACGCCCCUUCUACUCCCAACUUUGUUGGAAGUGCCAUGCCCACACCGAUUAUGAAACCUGGCUGCAGCAACCCGAACAUGAACAUUUGGUUCCAACUUAUGAUGUUCUGUGGAAGGACCCAUGGGAACCAUUCUAUAUAUCUUUGAAUUCAGUCCCUUUAUAUGAUGAACGAUUUAAACAAUAUGGGUUCAACAGGAUUAGUCAGGUCUGUGAACUUCAUGUUGCUGGGUACAAAUUUACUGUUUUGAACAAGGCUUUCCUUAUGCAUAAAGGAUUCAAGAGGAAAGAGUCUUUUCAUCCACAAAAAGAAGAAGAGUUAGAAUUCAAUCGAAAACUCUUUAGACAGUUUAAGACAGAGUUGAAAAAUAAGUAUGCAGAGUCAUCAAGGCGUUGCUAUUGAUGUCUAAAGUGAACUACUUCUGAAAGUUUUGUCAUUAAUUAUUUAAGUUCCCUAUCUGUAUUUUAGAGUACACAUCAUAUCACCUAGAAUAGUCUGCAGUGUCUUCCAGUAGUAUGAGAAUCCUAUAGUUUUUAUGUUUUUAUAUAACACUUUGCUACAUUCUAGUCAACAGACUCAUAACUGUAAAAUGGCACAUAUUCCUUAAAAAAAUAUCAAUCUACUUUGUGUUGUAUU